ACGACACACCACCACCUGGAUAAGCCAGCGACAAUCGCCAAGGCUCUUUCACUCCUCAUCCUACUCACUCCAGACUGUACGACGAUCUGCUCUGAGCAUGGCCCAGGAGAAGGUGUUUUCCGGAAAGGAGGUCGCGCAACAUAACUCGAGGGAGAGCUGCUGGAUCAUUGUCCAUGGCAAAGUCUACGACGUAACGGAGUUCUUGGACGAUCAUCCCGGCGGGAGUAAAAUCAUCCUGAAAUAUGCAGGCAAGGAUGCGACGGCUGAAUACGAACCAAUACAUCCCCCGGAUGCCAUUACCUCCAACCUACCGCCCGAGAAGCACUUAGGGAAGGUGGACCUUGGUACCGUCGAGAAGGUCGAGGUCACGAUCACGGAUGCGGAGAAAGCCCGUCUGGAGCGAAUCAGCAGACGGCCCUCACUGGACGAGAUCCUCAACCUCCACGACUUCGAGGCCAUCGCCAAACUUCUCCUUUCGGAGAAAGCCUGGGCAUACUACUCCUCAGCAGCAGAUGAUGAGAUUACGAACCGAGAAAACCACGCGGCGUACCACCGGAUCUGGUUCCGCCCUCGGAUCUUACGGGAUGUCACGAAAGUGGACUGGUCUACGACCAUACUGGGCCACAAGUCCUCGAUGCCUGUAUACAUCACCGCUACCGCCCUCGGCAAACUCGGACAUCCGGACGGGGAACUCAACCUUACCCGCGCAGCCGCUAAACAUGGGGUCAUCCAAAUGAUCCCAACCCUCGCCUCGUGCUCAUUCGACGAGAUAGUCGACGCUGCACAGCCCGGUCAAACGCUCUUCUUCCAGCUCUACGUGAACCGGGAUCGUGAAAUUACCAAACGAAUCGUCCAACAUGCGGAGAAGCGCGGCGUGAAAGCUUUGUUCAUCACAGUCGACGCACCUCAACUGGGUCGACGUGAGAAGGACAUGCGCCAGAAGUUCGAUGCAGAGGACCCGGCCGAGGUAAGCAAGUCGAACGACAAGGUUGAUCGUAGCCAGGGUGCUGCGAGAGCGAUCAGUUCAUUCAUCGAUCCGGGACUGAACUGGGGAGACCUCGACUGGUUCAAGAGCAUCACCAAGAUGCCUCUGAUCCUGAAAGGUGUGCAAUGCUGGGAGGAUGCGCUCGAAGCAUACGAUCGUGGUCUCGCCGGCGUCGUCCUCUCCAACCAUGGUGGACGUCAACUAGACUUCGCACGCUCCGGGAUCGAGAUACUCACCGAGUGCACUGAGAUGCUCAAGCAGAAACGGGGGCUUACGUUCCCUAAUGACAAGUUUGCGUUAUUCGUCGACGGCGGUGUACGACGAGCUACCGAUGUUCUCAAGGCUAUCGCCCUUGGCGCCUCAGCAGUCGGGGUGGGGCGUCCGUUCAUAUAUGCCUUCUCGGCCUAUGGCGAAGAUGGCAUCGACAAGGCUUUGCAGAUAUUGCACGAUGAGUUUGAGAUGAACAUGCGUCUCAUCGGCGCGCGGACCCUGAAAGAGGUAGUCCCAGAAAUGGUCGACGCGCGUAAUAUCCAUUCGCAUGUCGUUGCCGUUCCUGGAGACAGGCUAUACGACUCCAACUACGAGAGCAUGCAGCACGCAAGGCUGAAGGAAGUAGUUUCGAAGGCGAAGUUGUAGAAUUGAAUCGCACUUGCGCCAUUCAUAUAUAGACAUGACAUCCGAUCGUAUGCUAUCUCGUUGAGAUGUACUCCAAUAGAACUGCGUCCAGUUUCAUUUAUAUACGUCAC